UACAGCCUGGUGUGGUUCAUCAGCCCCAUCCUCGGAUUUCUGCUGCAGCCUCUGUUGGGUGCUUGGAGUGACAGAUGUACCUCAAGGGGCGUUGCUGGGCCUGUCCCUCCUGCUGAACGGCAGGGACAUCGGUCUGGCCCUGGCCGACACGGCCACCAACCACAAGUGGGGCAUCCUCCUGACUGUGUGCGGGGUGGUGCUGAUGGACUUCAGCGCCGACUCGGCCGAUAACCCCAGCCACGCGUACAUGAUGGAUGUGUGCGGACCCGUGGACCAGGACAGAGGCCUGAACAUCCAUGCUCUCCUGGCGGGCCUCGGCGGCGGGUUCGGCUAUGUGGUCGGGGGAAUCCACUGGGACCGAACCGGCUUCGGCAGAGCGCUGGGCGGCCAGCUCCGCGUCGUCUACAUCUUCACCGCCGUCACCCUGAGCGUCACCACGGUGCUGACGCUGGCCAGCAUCCCCGAGCGGCCUCUGCAGCCCCUGGGGGAGAAGAGGACGGCCAUGAAGAGCCCCAGCCUCCCCCUGCCGCCAUCGCCGCCCGUGGCCGUGGACGCCGGGGCCGGCGACGCGCUGCCCACGCCCGCGGCCGGCGUGUACGCCAGCUUCUCCAGCCCCAUCUCGCCGCCCAGCCCCCUGACGCCCAAGUACGGCAGCUUCCUGAGCCGGGACAGCUCCCUGAGCGGCCUCAACGAGUUCGCGUCCUCCUUUGGCACGUCCCACAUCGACAGCGUGCUCAUCGACUGCUUCACCGCGGGCCACGACGGCUACCUGGCCCUCCCCAGCAGCCUGCCCAGGCAGGCCGUCAGCGCCAGCUUCCCCCGCGCCCCCGACGGCUGGGGACGGCCGGACCGCAGGGACGGGGGCCUGGCGUCGGGCGCCGACGGGGACGUGCUGAGGGUGGGUUCCUUGGACGCUUCCAAGCCACGGGCGUCUGGGAUCCUGAAGAGACCCCAGACCCUGGCUCUCCCGGACGCGGCUGGGGGCGGCGGCCCCGAAAACAGCCGGAGGAGAACCGUGACCUUCAGCCAGCAGGUGGCCAACAUCUUACUGAACGGCGUGAAGUACGAGAGCGAGCUGACGGGCGCGGGCGAGCCGGCCGACCAGCCGCUGUCCCUGCGCCGCCUCUGCGCCACCAUCUGCCACAUGCCGGCCGCGCUGCGCAGCCUGUGCCUCAACCACUUCCUGGGGUGGCUGUCGUUCGAGGGCAUGCUGCUCUUCUACACGGACUUCAUGGGCGAGGUGGUGUUCCAGGGGGACCCGAAGGCGCCCCACGCGUCCGAGGCGUACCAGAAGUACAACCGCGGCGUGACGGUGGGCUGCUGGGGCCUGUGCAUCUACGCCUUCAGCGCCGCCUUCUACUCAGCCAUCCUGGAGAAGCUGGAGGAGCGGCUGAGCAUCCGCACCCUCUACUUCAUCGCCUACCUCGCCUUUGGCCUGGGCACUGGGCUGGCCACACUCUCCCGGAACCUCUACGUGGUCCUGUCCCUCUGUGUCACCUACGGCGUCCUCUUCUCCACGCUCUGCACCCUGCCCUACUCGCUGCUCUGCGACUACUACCAGAGCAAGAAGUUCGCAGGGUCUGGGGCGGACGGCGGCCGCAGGGGCAUGGGCGUGGACAUCUCCUUGCUCAGCUGCCAGUACUUCCUGGCCCAGAUCCUCGUCUCCCUGGUCCUGGGGCCCCUGACCUCGGCCGUGGGCAGCGCCACAGGGGUGAUGUACUUCUCCAGCCUUGUGUCCUUCCUGGGCUGCCUCUAUUCGUCCCUGUUUGUCACUUACGAGCUCCCUGCCGGCGACACGGGGGACCAGGAGUACCAGCCUCUCCUGCUCAACGUCUGA